CUCAAGUGCUCAACAUCCAGGUUAGCAGACGUGGAAUUGCAGCCCAUUGUUCACUACCGAUCCAAAUAGAGUUGCAUUCAACCAUCCGUCAUUAUGGCCGGCCGCAAGCGUAAAUCUGCUGCUACUGCACAAGAGGCACCAGCAACUGCCGAUCUUCCUGCAUCUCGCCGCCGAUCGGGGCGGCUCAGUUCAUCAACCCAGAAGAGCAAGUACUUUGAGCCAAACUCUGACUCUGACGCUCCGGCAACCAAGAGCUCGUCUAGAACUCCUCGUAGCAAGGCGAGACCUUCAAAGAAGGCCAAGGUCGACCAAGAUGAUGAACAAGAUUACACCGAUGAGGUUGAAAAACCAGGCAACAAGGCCGACAGCGAAGAAGAGUUCGAUGAGGAUGCACCACCCCGAGUAACCUUCAUCCCCUUACCCAAAAUGCGCGACACGGGCGGCAUUGACUACGCCGAUGACCGGCUGCACAAAAACACACUCGCCUUCCUCUCAGACCUCAAGGCGAACAACAAGCGGUCGUGGCUGAAGGCCCACGACGCCGAGUACCGGCGCGCACUCAAGGACUGGGAGUCAUACGUGAUGACCCUCACAGAAAAGAUCAUUGAAGCGGACCCGACCAUCCCUGAGCUCCCCUUCAAAGACGUUAACUUCCGCAUCUACCGUGACAUCCGCUUCAGCAACGACCCCACGCCUUACAAGCCGCACUUCUCCGCCGCCUUCUCCCGCACAGGCCGCAAGGGGCCCUACGCAUGCUACUACGUCCACGUAGAGCCAGGGAAGAGCUUCGUGGGCGGGGGGAUUUGGCACCCGUCGGCGGAAGCGCUGGGCAAGCUGCGGGCCAGCAUCGACGAGCGGCCGCGCUGGUGGCGGCGCGUGUUGUGUGAGCCCGCGUUUCGCGACAUGUUUCUUUCCGAACACCUCCCUGCCAAAUCGAAGGCCAAGACUAAAGCUAAGGGUAAGGGUAAGACUACGAAGGGCGAGGAGGAGGACCAAGUAGAGGAGGAGGCGGUGCUCAAGGCGUUCGCCGCGGCCAACCAGGAGGGCGCGCUCAAGACUCGCCCCAAGGGUUUCGCGCCUGAGCAUAAGGAUAUGGAGCUGUUGAAGUUGAGGAAUUUUACCAUUGGGAAGAAGGUUGAUGAUGAGGUGUUUACUUCCCUGGAGGGGGGUCAGGAGGAGGUGAUGAGGAUUGUGAGGGCCAUGGUUGGAUUUGUGAGUGGUUUUCGCUUCCUCUUGCCUUAUCGAUACCAUUUUGCUGACGGGAGUGUUAACAAAAUACAGGUAACGCACCUCAACAGGAUAGUGAUGCCUGACCCGGGGGAUGAUGAUGAGUCUGAUGAUGAGUGAAGGUUUUUUGGGGG